ACAGUUUUGCUCGAAACGUCAACACAGGCGGUCGCCAUGGCCCAGCGCGCUCCUCUUCCGUCGCGGCAAACUUUACGUCGCGUGUGAAUUUCUACGUGAGUUUCGCUGCGGCUCCUGUUGCAAGUGAAGUGUGUGUGCAGUUCGCGCUCUGACGUUGCCGGCAACAAAAUAGAAUAGAAAAGGAGUUCCUUUUUUUUCCAGUGAUUUAUAAUUGCAACUGAAAAGGCAAAUGAAACUGCAUAGACAUCACCGAAAUUAAGACGCUCAGCAGAUGACGAGAGGCUCGACUCGACCAAAAUAUAGGCUUAGUUCAGCUGAUGAUAUUCGUACUUCGAGCCCAGUUGCGCCGGAAUUUUGUUAAUCAUUAAGUUCAUGGGUCGCAUUGUAGCUGUUUCUGCCCCGAAGUCUUAGAGAACGAGCCGGUUAAAGUCACAAUAUUCGUCGCAUACCACAAGCUAAUGAAAGAUGGAGCUGCUGCAGUUGCUGUGCUACACAUUCCUGCUGCUACUGUCGAGGAUGCUGGUCCUGCAAGCCGUCAGCUGGGAGGAAUGGUGGACCUACGAUGGCAUCUCAGGUCCUGCAUUUUGGGGUCUUAUCAAUCCGGAAUGGUCGCUCUGCAACAAGGGACGUCGCCAGUCUCCGGUGAACCUGGAACCACAACGUUUGUUAUUUGAUCCGAAUCUGCGCUUGAUGCAUAUAGACAAGCACAGGAUAAGUGGAAUUAUAAGCAACACCGGACACAGCGUAAUAUUUACGGCCGGCAAUGAUACAGUCGCCAACUAUGAUGGCAUGCAGACGCCAGUGAAUAUAUCUGGCGGUCCACUCUCGUACCGCUAUCGCUUCCAUGAGAUACACAUACACUACGGGCUCAACGAUCAAUUUGGCUCCGAGCACAGCGUCGACGGCUAUACGUUCCCUGCAGAGAUACAAAUAUUCGGUUACAACUCCCAGCUCUACGCAAAUUUCUCAGACGCACUGAACCGGGCCCAGGGCAUCGUCGGCGUCUCCAUUCUACUGCAGCUGGGCGACCUCUCCAAUCCCGAGCUGCGCAUGCUGACCGACCAGCUGGAGCGCAUUCGUUACGGUGGCGAUGAGGUCUUUGUGAAGCGGCUCUCCAUACGCGGACUGCUGCCCGACACGGACCACUACAUGACGUACGAUGGCUCGACAACGGCUCCAGCCUGCCACGAGACCGUCACCUGGGUUGUGCUGAACAAGCCAAUCUACAUAACGAAACAACAGUUGCACGCACUGCGCCGCCUGAUGCAGGGCAGUCCCGACCAUCCCAAGGCUCCGCUGGGCAACAACUAUCGUCCGCCGCAGCCGCUGCUGCAUCGACCCAUUCGCACGAACAUUGACUUCAAGACGGCGAAGACAAAGGCCGCUUGCCCCACCAUGUACCGCGAGGUCUAUUAUAAAGCUACUAGUUGGAAACAAAACUAAAAGUCAAUGCCAUAGCGCUCAGUUCUAAGCGUGAGACGUUAGAAGCGCGUGGCUUGCAAAAGGAGCUUCCACUAAACAUAUAUAUACAUAUACGUAUAUAUAUAUUUAAAGUUAAAUAAUAAAAGAGCGAUAGACAGCGAACGAGAGGCAGAGUGGGCAGAGAGUGCGAAAAGAAAUGGAGUAUCGACGGCGCAUUACGAAAAGGCAAUUAAAUACAUACAAACACACACACACUCACAUAUAUACACGAAUAUAGUACAUAUAGAGACAUAUACAUAUGAAGAGAACCCUCUUAAAUAUAUUAUACAUAAAUAAGCAUAAAUAAGCAUUUAAGGUGAAUUUUUUUUUUAAUGAGCCCUAUAAAGACGCCUGUUAAAUGUUUUUUUUUUUUUUUUUGUAAUUUUUUUUGUGUAACUUAUAAGUAAGAUAAAGUCAUAAAUGGACAUUAAUCAUAAAUAUAUAUGAAUAUAUAUAUACAUAUAUGUAUGUAAUAAUAAAUAUAUUGUAUAAUGAGUUAAGAGACGCCCUGAGAGUGUCACAGCAACAAUAAUAUCAAACGAAUAGUAAAAAUGAAACUUUAGUCGUAAUUGAAUAUCUAUAGCUACUUAUAAUCAGAAAGUAUCGAAGAAUAAUAAUUAACGACAACCGAACAGAUGUCAGCUAGUGAAUGUUACUAAUGUAGUAGAGGCAUUAUGCAAGACCCACCCGUGCUAUAUACUGUAUUUAUAAAUACUAUAUACAAAAUCGUAGAUAUAUACUAUAUAUAUAAAUACAUAUAUAUAUAUAUAUAUAUAUAUACAUAUAUCGAGAACACACUUACAUAUAUACGUACUUAUAACAAUUUGUAUAGAUUGUAUGGAUCAAAUAUUGAUAACUCCUGAUCCCGCCUCCCACAUAUACUGAAGAGCCAAUCGAGCUGUGCGUAUAAUGGUAACGGGCUUUCUCUUCCCCCUACCUCUCCCCCCUCCCCUUAACAAACUGUACACGCUUAAUAAAUAUAUAUAUAUUUUUUUCGAAUUCUUUUCUCUUUUGCCGCCCGCCCAAUUAUUUUAAUGGAUAGCAAAAUAUGACAUGUUCCUUUCAAUAUCUGUUCAACAUAGUUAUAUAACAAACAUAUAUCUGUCAAUAUAAAAAUCUUACCAAGUUCAAAAUAAAUCAAAUAUGCUUAUUAUUUGUU